AGGAAGUGAUGCAGAGCGAGAGGAGCAGAACCAGGAGAACAUUGUACACAGAGACAAACACACUGUGGUAUAAUCGAACGUAAUGGACUUCUCCAUUAGUGGUGGUGUAAUGUCCCUGAACAAUCUGCAGAGAUCUAGGAGAAAAAACACUAUCCAUAAGCACAGGACAAACUGUGGGAGUAGAAACACCGAGGAAAAGCAAUUGCCUGACUACAGCGGUUGAGGGGACAUGACAGAAGAGAGACUCUAAAUGAACACUCUAAUGCAAAUAUUAACAACAUGGCAAUGGGUUCGAAUCAAGAACACAUGUGAUACCCAGCAGCCAUUGCCCAGGGAGCCACCCCCCAGACCAGGCUCCCCUACAACUGGAGAUUGAGUCUACUGGAAAAGAAGCCUGUACCCUGAUGCUCUGCAGCCAGAUGAGAAGGACUUCACCAAGACUCAGAAGGCUCCAAACAUGGCCAAGUGCCCUCUUUCCCCCUCUCACAUUGUCCAUCCAAUGUCCCUCAGCACAUGUCCACAGGCCAACUAGAGAACUUGGCCUUGCUCAGUUUUCUUUGGGCACCGUCUCCUCCUCCAGUGUUUCUUUGGCGCCCCUGGACGCGAGGUCCCUUCUGUAGAAUUUAAAAAUUAAUAUUCAAUACUCCAAGUAUUACAUUUCAUACUAUUUAUGUGUAUUUAACUGAAAGCAAAAGGAAACUAAAAGGCUAGAAGAAAAGGGAGAGAUCACCCAGCUUCUUGGGUAAGUCAUCUGCCCUCAGUGUGCCUCAGUUUCCCCAGAUGAAAAGACAGCAGACUUGAAGCUUCUGGGGCCCUUCUAGCUCUGAAUCUAUGAUGGCAAUGAUGGAAUGUUUAUGUUUGAUCAUUUGCUCUUUCCAUUUGACUGACCUCUUGCUCAUCCUCCAAGCCACCUUCCUCCAUCUCUAGGUCUCUGCACAGCCUGAGGUGAUUCCUGAACACCUCCCUCCCCUCCAUCUUCUUCUUCCCCAGCUACAGGAAGAUUUCCCUGACGCCUCUCCUCCCCAGAUUGUCCCCCUCUAAACCUACUCUGUAUCCCCUGACUGCAGCAUCCACAGCAAUGAAGCAUCUUGUCUCUGCCAUAGGGUGGAAGCUCCUUGAGGACAGGCUCUUUCUUUCCCUUGUGUGACAGUCUUUCUGGCAAGGCUGGGGCUGAGGCGGGUGCGCAGGCAAGAGGACUCCAUUUCCCAGAAGACCGCGGUAAUAUCAUCAUGAAAGUUUUGGUCUCCCCUGUAGAGGACUCCAUUUCCCAGAAUGCCGGUUCCCUGGCUUCUCCCUAGCCUUGGCUCCUCCCCACUGUGGCAGCCGCAGGGCAUGCUGGGAACCUCACGUGGGCGUGCGCGGUCUCAGCUCUUGGAAAAGUCUCUGGUGAUCUUCUUGGACCUUUGCCUAGGUGCACACAGAGGAAUUCUGCCACCCCCUGAAGGACCCCAGGGUGGCCCCGCAGAGAGCCCGCAGCCAGAGGAAUGGCCCCCGGGACCCCGAGGCGCCCCUCCCAGGGGUCAAUAACAUUCAAAGAUGUAGCUGUGGACUUCACCCAGGAAGAGUGGUGUCUACUGGACCAUUUUCAGAAAGAACUGUACCUGGAGGUCAUGCAGGAGAAUGUGCAGAAUCUACUCUCUGUGGGGCUUCCAGUAACUAGAGAACAUUUAAUCUCCUGUUUUCAGCAAGGGAAAGCACCAUGUCUCCUAGAGCAAAAGGGCCCAAGGAGCUCCUCUCCAGAUUUUGAAGUGAAGGUGAUGUGUACAAAGCUGAGCCUUUUUGUGGAAGGAUCUGGCCCCCAAAGACCCAUGAAUGAGGGUCCUCCUGACUUCAGUUUGAGAGAAAUCUAUGAUUCUACUAUCAAAGUAAAUAAAAAUCCAAACAGUGACUGUGAAAUUGAAACUGCAGCAAAAUUCAGCCAAUAUUCAGUCCUAACUCAGUACAUGAAAUUGACCUUAGGAAAUGACUUUUGUCAGGAUAGCAAAUAUAGGAAAUGGUUUCCCGAAGAAGUAGGAUUUGUUCAGUCAUCUGAAAAACCUGAAAUGCCCAUGUAUCAAGGUUACGUAGGAGGAAUGGCCUUUGGCUGGAGUUUAGACUCCAUUAGACAUCCAAAAAGUAAACCUGUGAAGAUGGUUUCUGUGAAUAAUAAAGAUGGGAAACAUUUCAGUCAGAAAUCUAAGCUUGCUACACAUCAGAGGAUCCACACUGGAGAGAAACCUCAUGAAUGUAAACAUUGUGGAAGGGCUUUCGCAAAGAGGAGCAAUCUUAUUGCACAUCACAGAAUCCAUACUGGAGAGAAACCUUAUGAAUGUCAACAGUGUGGAAAGGCUUUCACAUGGAGGAGCAAUCUUAUUGCACAUCAUAGAAUCCACACUGGAGAGAAACCUUUUGAAUGUAAACAAUGUGGAAAGGCUUUCACACAGAGGAGCACUCUAACUGAACAUCAGGAGAUCCACACUGGAGAGAAACAUGAAUGUAAACAUUGUGGAAAUGCUUUCGCAAAGAGGAGGUAUCUUAUUGCACAUCAGAGGAUCCACACUGGAGAGAAACCUUUUGAAUGUCAACAAUGUGGAAAGGCUUUUACACAGAGGAGCAGUCUUGCUACACAUCAGAGAAUCCACACUGGAGAGAAACCUUAUGAAUGUCAACACUGUGGAAAGGCUUUCAGACAGAAGGGUUUUCUUGUUCAACAUGAGAGAAUCCACACUGGAGAGAAACCUUAUGAAUGUCAACACUGUGGAAAGCAUUUUGCAUGUAGGGACCAUCUUACUAAACAUCAUAGAAUCCACACUGGAGAGAAACCUUAUGUAUGUAAACAAUGUGGAAAGGCUUUCACACAGAGGAGCAACCUUAUUGCGCAUCAGAGCAUCCACACUGGAGAGAAACAUUAUGAAUGUCAAUACUAUGGAAAGGCUUUCUCACAGAGGCACAACCUUAUUGCACAUCAGAGCAUCCACAUUGGAGAGAAACCUUAUGAAUGUUAACACUGUGGAAAGGCUUUCUCACAGAGGUGCAACCUUAUUGCACAACAGAGCAUCCACACUGGAGAGAAACCUUAUGAAUGUUAACACUGUGGAAAGGCUUUCUCACAGAGGUGCAACCUUAUUGCACAUCUGAGCAUCCACACUGGAGAGAAACCUUAUAAACCUUAUAAAUGUAAACUGUGGAAAGGCUUUUACAGAGGUCUGUCUUGUUAAACAUGAGAGAAACCACAUUGGAGAGAAACUUUAUGAAUGUAAACACUGUGGAAAGGCUUUUUCAUGUAGGGGAUAUCUUGCUAAGCAUUAGAGCAUCCAUGCUGUAGAAAAAGGUUGUUAAUGUAAAACAGUGUGUAAAGGCUUUCACUCUAAGGAGCAAUAUUGCCAAAUAUCCAACAGUCCAUAUUGGAGACAAACCUCAUAAAUGUAAACAUGGAAAGACUUUUACAUUGAAGGAAUCUGUUUCCAGAUAUCAGACAAUGCAGAUGAGAGAGAAACCUUAUUGUAUAGAAUAAAAUCAUUCUUUAUUCCCCAGUAUGUAUUAAUUAGCAUUAGUAAUCCUUGAUUGGCAACUUCCUAUAGAAAAGUUGUGAACGUCUGGUGACUGUCAGGAGGAAAAUACUAACAGUAUCCCCCUUCCCAGCAUCUUUAUAUAUAUAUACAUAUAUUAAUAUCCACCUUCAAUUCACUCUUAUGUUGCUAAAAUUUUCUCUUCUUAAAAAUUCAUAUUCAGACUAUGUAAAGGACAUCAUGGAAUGGAUUAGAUCAUGAUGAUAGAAUGGAAGUAGGAAAAAAGCAAUAGAGUGAAGAAGUCAGGAGACAGGGGUCAAGGGGCUCCCUGGGGUGCCCCUCUGGGAAGCCCAAAUGAAAUUAAAAGCCACACUUGGCUCCUGAGACUUGAUGUGUAAGAGUUAGUGGGAGGGGAAAAGGUUGAUAAACUGAGGCAAGAGCAGAUUUUUCUCUUAUGGUUUUGUUGCUUACUGGACUUUCCUGUGAGCAUGCCUAUGGGGCCCUAAUGGCAGAGACAGAAUAGCAAGCUAAAUGGAGCAACCAGGAAAGUAACAUAUAUUUCUCCUCUUUUCCCCUUUUUUCUGAGGCCCCAAGACAUAAGGGGUGGCCAUGAGACCACUGCAUGCCAGCCACCCUGGCAUCCCCAGUAUAGGCUAUACUCCCCAGUACUACCCCUGUCCCUGGGAUACCCUGCUUCCUUCCUUAGGAUCCCACAAGCCAGUGCACCACCACCUGCUGGCUUACAGUAAACAUGUAGACAAUUUAAAACAAAAAUAAAAUACUUAAAUUUAACAUAAUUAAAAUAAAAAUAAUGAAAUUGGAUAAAAUCAAACAAGAUAAUAAAUACAGAAAAUUAAUUUGGUACACCAA